CCCGACGAUCGCUUCUUUUUUUUUAAGCUUCUCUCUACUUCCUCUAUCCAGAUCCAUCCACGCACCUUAAUCAUGCCACCGAAGCGCAAAGCACCCUCGGAGACCCUGGAGACGCCCCAGCCAACCCGGAAAUCAGCCCGGAUCAUUAAUAGAGAACCACUAGCUGGAGCCUCCGCACGCGCCACGCCGGUGGAAACUGGUCUCUCUGCUCUCUCCACGGAUGUCAAACCACCAGAAACAUGGCCUGACCUCUGCCGCAAAGCGAAAGAGCGGAUCGAUCGCUAUGAAGCUGCUGUGGACGACUCUACUUCUCCCAAGGACAAGGCCAAGGGCAAAGGCCAUAAGAAGACGAAGAGGGCCGACCAGAAGCUGAAGGCCUGCAUGACAGCAUUACUGGAUUGGCUACCAGCAGGCGGUCGAGACUCUGCGGCACGCGAUAUAUUACAGUGCAAAACAGACGAUAAAUUAUAUGAAAUGUUUGAGAACAUCUAUACAUAUCUUCUCGCUCCUUUAAAAACGGCAGGUAGCAACUCCGCUUCCCGGACUCCUAUCGACAAGAGAGAGGAGAAUAGUAUUGAGGUAAUCGCCUCAACAUUAGGUAAUCCGCAACAGCAAGAGGAGCAGUUCUGCGAAGACUUAUUGCGUCGUGACAACUACCGCUGCGUGAUCACCCAGGACCUUCACUGGCAGAAAUGGGAGGAGAUAGGAGCCCCAGAAGAUCUCGAUUGUGAUUAUAUUAAAGCAGCUCACAUCAUUCCAUUUUCGCUAGCCUCCUGGAAAGCUGAACCAGGUUCUACAUAUAAUAUCAGCCAAGUAUGGGAAGCUCUUUACCAAUAUUUCCCUGCAGUCCGACAUGUUAUAGGCACCAAGAAUAUUAAUGACCGCUCGAAUGGUUUUUGUUUGAGAGAGGACAUGCACAGAGCUUUUAGCUCUUUUAGUAUUGCCUUUAAGCCCACUAAUACGCCUAACAUCUAUAAUCUUAAAUCAUACCGCCGAGCUAGAGCUACACAGGUAAGAAGAAUAAUCACUAAUGUGGGACAAAUAACUCUCCAAGCCGCUAAUGGUGCAGGAGAUAUUCCGAUACCAAAUCCAGUUUUACUAGAUUACCACUGGCGAGUAGCUGAGAUUUUAAACGCAUCAGGAAUAGAUAAAGAAAUAGAUAAAUAUAUAAGGGAGCUGGAAGCCGUUAAGAUGAGUAUGGGCGAUGGCUCUCUUAAUGAGGACGGCUCGAGUGAUCUUAGUCGUUACCUAGACGCAGCCUUCUGGGGCAGGUCGGACCGAGCUGUCUCUUACUGAUUCGCAGUUUUCUCAAGUAUAUCAUAGAGCUACUCCGCAAGAUAUACCGUAACCUGCAUGACGAACAGGCAUAUAAAUCGACCACAAACCUGCAUUUGACCAAAAAUCCUUUGUCUUGAGUUUUACCUCUACACAACGGAUCAGGUCUCGUGUCUUUUAAUGUAGCUAGGUCAUAAUAUAAAUACCAGUUUGAACUAGGA